UACAGUGUGUGUGUGUGUGUGUGUGUGUGUGUGUGUGUGUGUGUGUGUCACAGUACAGAUGUGAAGGUCAGAGGGAAACUUGUGAGAGUCAGGUCUUCCAGAGCAGGAGCUUGAGGCAGGAACUGAAGCAGAGACCAAGGAGGAACACUCCUUGCUGGUUCGCCUCCCUGUGGCUUGCUCACAUGCCUUUUAUGAAGCCCAGGACCACCUGGCUAGUAUGGCACCUCCCAUCACAGUUGAAUCCUCUUACAUCAAUUAGCAAUUAAAAAAAGGAAACAAAAAACACAAAAACCCAGACAUGGCCACAAACCAGUUACAAGGCAAUCCUUCAGUUGAGGCUCCUUCCCAGGUGACUAUGGGUUUGUGUCAGGUUAAUAACUGGACCUAUGACGGGGUCCCAGAGACUGACCUUAAGUUAUCAGAUUUGGCAGCUUGUGCCUUUCCCUGCCAAGCCAUCUCCCUGCCCCCAUGAUGCCCUGUCUCCGCUAUACUGAGAAGUUCAUUCAGGCAGCUUACCACUUCCUGGAGCGGAGGUCUUGGUUACUUUUCUAUUCUUAUGCUAAAACAUCACAACUUGGGGAGGAAUGGGUUUAUUCCAUUUUACAUCUCUCAGGUCACUGAGGUAAGUCAGGGCAGGAAGUCAAAGCAGGAACCAGAAGGCAGGAACUGAAGCAGAGACCAUGGAGGAACAAGGCUUACUGGCUGGUUCCUCAUGGCUUGCUCAGUUUGAUUUCUUAUACAACCCAGGACCGCCUACCCUUCCCCCAACCCGAGGGAUGGGACGUCCCACAUCAAUCACCGACUUAGAAAAUGAGCCUCAGGCUUGUCCACAGGCCACUUAGGUGGAGAUGUUUUCUCGGUUAAGUGUCUCUCUUCCCCAGUGACUUUUGCUUGUGUCAAGUUGACAUAAAAUUAGUCAACACACUGGGCUGGCGAGAUGGCUCAGUGGUUAAGAGUGCUGACUGUUCUUCUGAAGGGCCUGAGUUCAAAUCCCAGCAACCACAUGGUGGCUCACAACCAUCCGUAAUGAAGUCUGAUGCCCUCUUCUGGAGUGUCUGAAGACAGCUACAGUGUACUUACAUAUAAUAAAUAAAUAAGUCUUAAAAAAAAAAAGUCAGCACAAGCUGCGUCCACUGACAACCUCAGCUGGACUUGAGAAUGCACGCUCUGCGCUAGAUUUUUACCACCAGAACAAAAAACCAGAGUAAAACAACAUAGUAAGAAGUAGGAUUUAUUUUUCAAUACUUGGUAACUUAACUAUUGCUACUAGGAAGAGUAUCAUGGUGUCAGGGAGCAUGUGUCAGAACAAAUGACAUACUCCAUGGUGGGCAGGAGCCAGAAAGCAAGAAAAUACAGGGCCAACCAACUAUACCCCAACUUGAACUCUCUGCCACUUCACAGUAAUACCAUCAAAUUAUUAGUCCAUUAAUGGAUGAGCCCAUUAGAAAGGUGCUCAAAGACUUCUCCAUAGUACCACCAGCCUAGGGACCAAGGUACCAACUUGUAGAGCUUUAAAAAUAAUUUUUUUUGGAGACAGGGACUCACUAUAUAGCCCUGAGCUAUCCCAGAAUUCACUAAGUAGACCAGGCUGUCCCAGAACUUGCAGAGAUCCUGAGUAUUGAAAUAAAUAGCAUGUACCACACUACACCUGAUCUAAAUUUUUCUCAUUUUUAUUUGUUAUGUGCGGAUGUGUGAAUGUGCAUGGGUACCUGUGUGCUACAAGUAUGUAUGUGAAUGGGUUCUCUCCUUCCACCUUGUGGAUUUCAGAUAUCCUCAGGCAUAGAAGCAGGUGCCUUUAUCUCUGAGCCAUCUCUCUGGCGCCAUAAAGCCUUCCAGGGGACACUCUAUACUCAUACCAAACCAUAAUAUCUCCCAUCUUCCACGAUCUCUAAGCCUACCUGAGCCAGGCAGUAUCGGGCUCUAACACACAGAGGUAACUCCACACAAAGGGCAGAGUCACCAUUACCCUCCUGCUGAUGAGCGACGUCAGGCCGAGGGGCAGGCAUCGAUGUAGUCAGUGUUGUCCAGUGACAACACUGUGACAGUGACAGUAUGACAACUGUGACAGUGUCCUGACACAACAGGACAGACGCUAUUGGAGGCCACCUCCUCCCUGGAUUGCUGUGCUCCUGUGACAAGCCCUGCAGUCCUUCACAGAGGCAGCAAGAGGUCCCACACCACCCUCUAAACCCACACUGUCUGGCUCCGGGAGGUCAGGUGGACUCAGAGCCAUCCCAUUCUCUCUCCAUCCACUUCAAUGUGCUCAGUGCCAACACGUGCUCCCACUGUGUCCUUUCCACUUGGACACCACACAAUACACACAACCCAGAAGAUCCUGGUCACACCUGCAUGAGCAUCUGUCCACACAGACACCUUAUACUCAUUCCUUACACACACAAACCCGACAUGCAAAUGACCAGUCACAAAUACAGUGACAGGAACGCUGUGAGGGAGGAACCUGUGUGAGUUGGUGACAAAGAGGCAGAAGGGAAACCAGGAUCCACAACAAAGGCAGCCACAUUCUUGGUUACAUCCAAAGCUAUGUAGUCACAUGUCCCCAGAGCCCAAGCACCCCAGUACUACAGUCACUGUGUGUAUGCACUCACACACAUACAAGUUCUAGAAACACCUACACACUGAUAACCACCCAUCUACCUGAAGCAGACACCCCAACCUUCAAAACACCGCAGCCCACCAUAACACACAACCAAUUCCACGCUUAUCUACACUCCUCCCUUCCAAAACUGGCCCAAGAGUGGAACAAAAGCCCAGUGCCCAUUCCUACCGGCUCCCUCUCCUCCCCUCCCCCCCUGGCGCCCAGACAGACCCUUUGUCCUCCCGCAGCUGAGCCCAAGUGGGAGUCUAGGCAAAGCGAGAAUAAAAUCAGCUCAGGCUGCAAGGCAAGCAGGCAGAGCUGGCAAGCGGCAGGCACAGACAGGAGCAGCUCUGCCAGAGAAGCAGUCCCAGGAAGAGGGCGUGGCCAGGAUGAGGGAGACCCCGGAGCGCGAGGAGGAGCCGGGCACAGAGGCCCCGUGCGCCGCGUCCUGCCACGCGCAGCGCAUCCUGCAGACGCUCAACGCGUACCGCCGGAGCGGCACCCUCACCGACGUGGUGCUGCGCGCCGGAGGCCGCGACUUCCCGUGCCACCGCGCGGCGCUGAGCGCGGCCAGCGCCCACUUCCGCGGCCUGUUCGCGGCCGGUCGUCCAGAGCGCGCGGCGGCGGUGGUCCCGGUAGGACCCGAGACGCCGGGGACGGCGGCGGCCCUGGCCGUGGUGCUCGACUACGUGUACGGCGCGGGCGUGCGGCUGCGCGCCGAGGACGAGGCGGCCGCCGUGCUGGCGCUGGCCGAGCGGCUGGGCGUGGCCGGGCUGCGGGAGGCCUGCGCGCGCUUCCUCGAGGGCCGCCUGCGCGCCGCCAACAGUCUGGCGCUGCGACGCGUCGCCGCCGCCUUCUCGCUCGCCUCCCUGGCCGAGCGCUGCGGCCGCGUGCUGCGCCAGGCCUUCGUGGAGGUGACGCGCCACGCCGACUUCCUGGAGCUCGCGCCCGACGAGGUGGCGGCGCUGCUGGCCGAUCCCGCGCUGCGCGUGGCGCGCGAGGAGGCCGUGUUCGAGGCGGCCAUGCGCUGGGUGCGCCACGACGCGCCGGCUCGCCGCGGGCAGCUGCGUCGCCUCCUGGAGCACGUGCGCCUGCCGCUGCUGGCGCCCGCCUACUUCCUGGAGAAGGUGGAGGCGGACGAGCUGCUGCAGGCGUGCGGCGACUGCCGCCCUCUGCUGCUCGAAGCCCGCGCCUGCUUCAUCCUGGGCCGGGAAGCGGGCGCGCUGCGGGCCAGGCCGCGGAGGUUCAUGGACUUAGCUGAAGUGAUCGUGGUCAUUGGCGGGUGUGACCGAAAGGGGCUCCUGAAGCUGCCUUUUGCGGAUGCUUACCACCCAGAAAGUCAGCGCUGGACCCCACUGCCUAGCCUGCCUGGUUAUACACGCUCUGAAUUUGCCUCCUGUGCACUUCGAAAUGACAUUUACGUUUCUGGAGGUCACAUCAACAGCCGUGACGUCUGGAUGUUUAGCUCCCAUCUGAACACCUGGAUCAAGGUUGCCUCAAUGCACAAGGGCAGGUGGAGGCACAAGAUGGUGGCCCUGCAGGGACAGCUCUUUGCAGUAGGUGGCUUCGAUGGCCUGAGACGCCUGCGCAGCGUGGAGCGCUAUGACCCGUUCUCCAACACCUGGGCAGCCAUAGCGCCCCUGCCGGAGGCCGUGAGCUCUGCAGCCGUGGCGCCCUGCGCUGGCCAGCUAUACGUGAUUGGGGGCGCAGGACAGGACGGUGUCAACACUGACAAGGUGCAGUGCUUUGACCCCAAGGAGGACCAGUGGAGCCUGCGGUCCCCAGCACCCUUCUUGCAGCGGUGUCUUGAGGCUGUCUCCCUGGAAGACACCAUUUAUGUGGUGGGAGGCCUCAUGAGCAAAAUUUUCACCUAUGACCCUGGCUCAGAUGUCUGGAGAGAGGCAGCUGACCUGCCCAGCCCUGUGGUAUCAACUAGCAAAGAAUGGACAAGAGACCUACCUGCUAAGUUCCCUAUUCCAGUGGCAUCAGUGACCAGAGGCGCAAGUUCUGACUCCCACAGCCCCUUGCUCCCCCUGCACCCACCUGUCACCCCAAAACUCCAAAGAAACUAUGUAUCAGGUAUAAUUGGUGGUUCCUGUCCAUUUGGGUCCUGGAUGACUCAAGGCUGAGGCUUCCAACUUCUCUGAAUACGACUGUAGGAUGGUGUCACUGUUCCCGUGUGUACAAUCUUCCAGGCCUGAGCACAAUCUUCUAAGCAUAUCUUUAGCUUUCUGGCUAAGAUCAAAUGAAGGCUAUGCCAUAUUCAAUGUAGAGGAUGGUUAUUCUUUGAACUGUGCUAUGAGACCUAAGACAUAAAGCAUGUGACUUGUCUCGA